CGGCCAGCGCCGAGGGAGAAAGUGCCACGACUCCACACUCGCCGUCCGCGGAGCGUACUGAGCGUCGUCCCGAGCGUCGUCCAGCACACCGUCCCCUCCCGGUGGCCCGGACCCGGCGGCGGUGGCCUAGCGCCCAGUCGAGGUAAAAGAAAACCAAGCCAAGAUGGAUAUAUAUGACCCUCAGACACUGGGAGCUGUGGUCUUCGGUGGAUUCAUGGUCAUUUCAGCCAUCGGAAUCUUCUUGGUGUCCACUUUCUCCAUGAAGGAGAUGUCAUAUGAGGAAGCGUUGGCCAGUCAGCGCAAGGAAAUGGAGAAGACCCACCCUUACAAAGUAGACAAGAAGAAGAAAGAGAAGCCUGUUGAGAAGAAGGGAAAAGCCAAGAAAAAGGAAGAGAAGCCAAAUGGGAAAAUACCUGAACAGGAACCUCUCCCUGUCAUUAACAAUUUCCCAAAGGAUCUAGAGCCCGAGCCACCCGUAGCAGUGGAGCCUGUCCCUGUUGAUCAUUUUAUGGGGGCAGCAGCAGCACCCCCUGGGCCUGUUGCCACCCAAGAGCAGCUUGCCUCGUCACCCAAGGACAAACGAAAAAAGGAGAAGAAGGUAGCCAAGGUGGAGCCAGCUCCAUGUCCUGCGCUGGGUUCAAUCCACGUUCUCUCCUCCAAGGCCUCCCUCCUGGAGGUGGCUCCCAAAGAAGUGCCCGUAGUUGCUGUCCCCCCCGUGGGGACCCGGAUGAGCACCCUGACAAUUGGCUCGGCCUCAAACAAGCAGGUGGAGGUGGCCAUCAACCAUGCUGACCUGAAGCAGGAGGUGCCAGCCAAGAAGAAAUCUGUUUCCAAGAAGAAGAGUGAACCAGCAUUUGUGGAUGGAGAAGGACCUCUCUAUCUCCCCUUCAAGGCCCUGGUGUCCAGCAUUGGCAGUACGGCUUUCAAUGACGGGGAGGCCCAACAGCUCCUUGAAAUCUUGUCGGAGAAAGCGGGCAUCGUUCAAGACACCUGGCAUACGGCUUCACAGAAAGGUGAUCCUGUGAUGAUUCUGAAACGCCAGCUGGAAGAGAAGGAGAAGCUGCUCGCCACUGAACAGGAAGAUGCUGCAGUGGUCAAAAAUAGGCUGAGGGAGCUGAACAAGGAGCUCGCAGCUGAAAAGUCAAAAGCAGCGGCUGGAGAGGCCAAGUUGAAAAAGCAGCUCUUGGCCCACGAGCAAGAGUUCACCGCGGUGCAAGCCCGCAUGCAGGCCAGCUACCAGGGCCACAUGAAAGAAGUCCAGCAGCUGCAAGGAAAGAUCCGCAGCCUUCAAGAACAGCUGGAAAAUGGACCCAAUACUCAGCUGGCUCGUUUACAGCAAGAGAACUCCAUUCUAAGGGAUGCUUUGAACCAAGCAACUAGCCAGAUGGAGAGCAAACAGAACGCUGAGUUGGCAAAGCUGCGGCAAGAGUGCGGUAAGCUCAUGAAGGAACUGACUGACAAAACCCAAGCCAUGCAACAGGAAGAGCAGCUGAAAAAGAAUCUGGAGAUAAAAGCUGUAGCCUAUGAGAAGCAAAUCAACCAGCUCCAGGUUUCUCAAAAGGAAACUGAGGGUACCCUGCAGAAGAGGCUGGAGGAAGUGAGCAUGGAGCUGCGCAAAUCCCAAACCAGCUGCAGAAAUCUGCUGGCAGAGGCAGAGAAAGCCAGAGGAGAGCAGAAGAACAUUGCUGAGUUACACAGUAAAUUGCAGUCCUCAGAAAAAGAGGUGAAAAGCAAGUCUGAAGAGCUAAGCCAUCUCAAAGGAAAGCUCUCUGAAGCCAGUUCUGAAAACGCACAGCUUACAGAAAGAAUUAAAUCCAUUGAGGCCCUCCUGGAAGCUGGCCAGGCUAAAGCAGCCAAAGAUGAGCAGGCCUCUUUCCAAGCAGAGCUGAACCAGCUGCAAGCAAGGCUGCAGGAGAGAGAGGCCCAGUUGUCUACCUUGGAAAAGGAAGCCACGAAGCUAAAGGAGGCCAUUGAACAGGAAAAGACAAAAAACAAUGACCUCCGGAAGAAAAACUGGACAGCCAUGGAAGCUGUAUCUUCAACUGAAAAAGCUUGCGAGGAGAAGCUGAGUUCUUCAACCAAAGCCAAGGAAGAAACAGAGAAACAACUCCGCUUCAUGCAGACACAAACGAAAGAGCUGCUGCAGUCUCUCUUUCCCCAGGUCACUGUAGCGGCACAACAGGGUUACGGUGGAUGGCUGCAAGAGUUCAAGGAAAAGAGCUGUGAAAUUCUGAAGCAGCAGGCAGCUGAAUCAGAGUCUUUGGACUUAGCCCCCAAGUUAAGAGAAGCAGAGGAAGCUCAAAGCACUUUACAAUCAGAAUGUGACCAGUACAGAACCAUCCUCGCAGAAACGGAAGGCAUGUUGAAAGAUCUGCAGAAGAGUGUUGAGGAAGAAGAGCGUAUAUGGAAAACAAAAUUAUCCGUUUCUGAAGAAGAACUGCAAAAGUCCUACACCAAAGUGAAACGUCUUGAAGAAACUGUGGAUAAAUUAAAAGGAGACCUCCAGAAUGCAGAUCAGGUAAAAGAAUAUACAUCCCUUCUGGAGGCCCAGUUGGAAAGUCAUUUGGCAACAGCCAGUGCAGAAUGUCAGAACUACACAAAAGAGAUGGCAUUAUUGAAACAACUUUUAGUAGAGUCCCAAGAGGAGCUGAGUGCAACAAAAACAGAAGCACAGAAACAGAGCAAGGAACUUGCAUUGGUCAGGCAGCAGUUGAGUGAAAUGAAGAACCAUGUACAGGAUGGUGAAGUGGUUGGGUCUCAGGCUGACCCAACUGAGCAGGAACCUCUCGAGCUGAAGACACAGUUGGAAAAGAGCAAAGCUCUGUUGGAAAACGAGCAAAGCCAGCGGCAGAAGCUAACUGCUGAGUUUGAGGAGGCACAAAAUUCAGCAAGUAGUUUACAAGCAGAAUUGGAGACUCUUCGAUCCUCUCGUGAUUUGGAGUCCUCAGAAACAGAGGAGGCUGUGCAGCUGAAGGAAAGACUUGAAAAGGAAAAGAAGUUAACAAAGGACUUGGGUCGAGCGGCUACCAAACUCCAGGAGCUUUUGAAGGCGACUCAGGAGCAACUAACCAAGGAGAAAGAAGCAGUAAAAAAGUUGCAGGAGCAGCUGGAGGGAACGAAGGACGGAGGCAGCGGAAAGGAGGGGACUUCUGUCUGAGCCCGGCGGGGGAAUGAGAAGUUACUGUUCAACUGACCAAAAUGCCUUACACAUUCCUAAAAAAAAAGUACGCUCAACUUCCUAUAGAGAGAGAAGCCAUUAGCCAACCAAAACCUCUUAGAUUUACAAAAUAUAUACUGCAGGUGCAAAAUUUGUAAAGGAAUCUUUGUAAUGUUUGUAAAACGGUUCCCUGGGGUAAGACUGACUGUGUCAGUGAGCAGACCCCACGGCCUUAAUUAACGUGUCUGUCCGAACUGAGUCCGUGAAUGUGUGAAAAGGGAAAAAGACUCUGAACAUCAAUCAGUGCAAUUGUUUUUUCUGUUUUCUUUUUUGUUUGUUUUUGGGGUUUUUUUUUCUCUCAAAUGGAGGGUAAACCAUGCACCGGGAAGGGGCGGGGGGGGGAGUCAGUCGAUGCCUGGUGAUGGCGGGGUUUUGUUUGCCGGCAAGAGAUCAGUGUGAACUUCCGGGUGUCGAUGCUAUUAAAAUCCCACAUUGUAGCCAA